AUGAGGAAGUCUCCCAUCCUGAGUCCGGCCCUCCAGGCCACACCGCCCUCAUCCACUGACUCCAAGUACUGCAGCGCGGGGAAGGCUGGGGACAGAUUUAGCUUUAGUGAGAGUUCAGACUGGGAGACUGAAACCUAUGACCAUCUGUUCAGAUACGGACUCUGGUCUCGGCCCGUUACGGACCAAUCUGAUCAAAGACUAAAACUCUCCUCAAACUGUGCCUUGCUUCAACUCCUCUCCUGUACCGUCCCCAUCACAUCAACACCUCCCCGUCCAACACCUCCCCGUCCAACACCUCCCCGUCCAACACCUCCCCGUCCAACACCUCCCCGUCCAACACCUCCCCGUCCAACACCUGCCGUCCAACACCUCCCCGUCCAACACCUGCCCGUCCAACACCUCCCCGUCCAACACUCCCGCCAACACCCCCGUCCAACACCUCCCCGUCCAACACCUCCCCGUCCAACACCUCCCCGUCCAACACCUCCCCGUCCAACACCUCCCCGUCCAACACCUCCCCGUCCAACACCUCCCCGUCCAACACCCCCGUCCAACACCUCCCCGUCCAACACCUCCCCGUCCAACACCUGCCCGUCCAACACCUCCCCGUCCAACACCUCCCCUCCAACACCUCUCCGUCCAACACCUCCCCGUCCAACACCCUCCCCGUCCAACACCUCCCCGUCCAACACCUCCCCGUCCAACACCUCCCCGUCCAACACCUCCCCGUCCAACACCUCCCCGUCCAACACCUCCCCGUCCAACACCUCCCCGUCCAACACCUCCCCGUCCAACACCUCCCCGUCCAACACCUGCCCGUCCAACACCUCCCCUCCAACACCUGCCCGUCCAACACCUCCCCGUCCAACACCUCCCCGUCCAACACCUCCCCGUCCAACACCUCCCCGUCCAACACCUCCCCGUCCAACACCUCCCCGUCCAACACCUCCCCGUCCAACACCUCCCGUCCAACACCUCCCCGUCCAACACCUCCCCGUCCAACACCUCCCCGUCCAACACCUCCCCGUCCAACACCUCCCCGUCCAACACCUGCCCGUCCAACACCUCCCGUCCAACACCUGCCCGUCCAACACCUCCCCGUCCAACACCUCCCCGUCCAAACACCUCCCCGUCCAACACCUCCCCGUCCAACACCUCCCCGUCCAACAUAUUCUGUUUUAUUUUGGGCUUGUACCUUUGGCUCCUCUGAGGACGAAGCCAAAGCCCUCGCUGUCCUUCUUCUGCAGCAGCACCGUCUUCUCUUUGAUGAUGUAG